AUGGCCGCCGCCGGUAGCCAAACCCUCGGCCGGAGCAGCUUCUCCCGCGUCACGUCCAACCCGGCUGCCUCCUCGUCCGGCGCCACCGGCGUCAAGCUUGGCCCGAACGGCGUCGCCUUCGUCUCCUCCGGCAUCCCCGACCUGGACAGGAUUUUGGGUGGUGGAUUCCUUCUAGGCUCAGUUGUAAUGAUCAUGGAGGAUACUGAUGCACCACAUCACCUUCUGCUUCUUCGCUGCUUCAUGGCACAGGGUGUUGUGCACAAGCAGCCCCUGCUCUUUGCAGGGCCUAUGAAGGAGCCACGGUUGUUCCUUGGUACUUUACCUGCUCCGGUUUCAUCUUCAAAGGAGGAUGGGCGGCACAGAGCGAUGGGGAUCGGGGGAAGUAGCGAUGGACAAGCAAAUGAUGAGGGAUUGAGGAUAGCUUGGCAGUACAAGAAAUACUUCGGAGAUGAGAAGACUUCUCGUGCUGAACAUAAAGACAAUAAGCAGGAAUUUAACACUGAUUUUGAUUUGAGGAAGCCCCUGGAAAGGCAUUUACUUAAUGGACAGAAUAUUGAAUGCGUAAGCACUCAAGAAGCAGACACUCUAAACAACCUCCAGGAUCGUUGUUCUGCUUUCUUAUCCAAGCUUCCAAGAAAAGAUGGUGGAAGUUUAACUGCUGGGAGAAUUGCUAUACAAUCACUCUGUGCACCGCAUUGUGGAUACUUUGAGAAGGACUGGGACAUGGUCUCAUUUAUCAGAUCAGUGAAGGCCAUGGUGCGGUCAUCUAACUCAGUCGCUGUUAUAACAUUUCCGAGUACGGUUCUGUCAAAUUCAUUCUGUAAGAGAUGGCAGCACCUGGCAGAUACACUGCUGUCGAUCAAAGCAAUUCCAGAUGAGGACAACGACUUGGCAAAACUCCUCACAGGAUACCAAGAUAUGGUUGGUUUUUUGCACGUCCACAAGGUGGCGCAAGCUAAUAGCCAGGUCCCUGUGAUCUUAGAGGCGUCCACACUUUCUCUGAAGCUGCGAAAGAGGAGGUCGCUGGUGCUAGAACGGUUGAAUCAGGCUCCAGUGGACGGGUCAAGUGGGCCUUCUGCUGCUGCAUCAGGCAGUUGCUCGUCGUCACAAGGUCCACAACUCGAUUUCUAGUUUGGAUUCCGAUGGUAUGGCCGGUUCUACGAAGAGGAGCUCGGCAGUGUUGUGUACUUGUUACUCUGGGUAAAAUGCAACCUUAGGAGGCUCAGGUUUUAGAUAGGAGGCAGUUUGAUGGUUCACCCGUUACUGUAUCUAUCAGCUUGUUGUACACCACUUUCAAUAGCAUUCGAACAGGCUAAACUUGUAUAUUACUCUCCCCUGAUGGAAGGUAACUUUCCAAGUUA